GUUUUCCGCAUUGCUGCCGCAUCAAACGCUUGUGAAAACAUGGCGUCGGCCCUGGGUCGCCUGGCCAGGCUGUCGGUCCUGAGAAACGCCCGCACCUCGCCGCUGAGCGCCGCCGACGGGCCGGGGAGGACCGUGGCACCGUGCCGGACAGCCGUGUGCACAUCCUCCGGUGCCAUUCUGCCCAAACCCAAGAAGACCCCCUUCGGCCUUAUCCGGAUUGCUCUGGUAGUGGUGCCCUUCUUGUAUGUGGGGACUCUGAUCAGCAAGAACUUUGCUGCGCUGCUGGAGGAGCACGACAUCUUUGUCCCCGAGGACGAUGACGAUGAUGACUGAGGGGUGUGUAAGGCUUCCUGGUUAUCAGAUCAUCUUGCUUCAUCACUACCACCUGGAGGAGUCUGAGCCUCUGAGCAGAUAAAUGCCUUCCUCUGCUGUGUUCUUAUGUCACCACUGUCUGCACUGGAUUCAGGGUUUUUGCUGUUAUCCACACUGUUAUAGGGCUGUUCCAGGCUGAUCAUAGCGUACUGUAUUUGCAUGCACUACUCAAGUCUUAAUAAAGGUAAUGAUAAUUGUAAAAUGCA